AUGGAGUGCUGCGUCCACUCCCCGUGCGGUCGCUACCUCGUCCGGUACAAGAACUAUGGCGAGUCGAUGAGCAUCGAUGUGAUACCGAAGACGUCUGCCUUCGAGCCCUCGUCGGACGUUCACUACGUUGCGGUGCUGCGUGAGAGCCACGUGCUGGAGAUCACAACAGCGGCGGGGGUGCGGAAGGAGUUUGCCGGCUUCGCGGACAUGACAUACAACGCCAUGAUUGGACGCUCCCCCAGCGUUAAGUUUUUUGUUGAGACGUGUGAGGAGAUGAAAAGCCGCAUCACAGCGGAGGUGGCGCAGCGCGGCCACGGCACGUCCGACUCCAUCAUUGACGAAAGUGACGCCAGCCAGCUCUCGGAGGCGUCUCGCAUGCAGCGAUUUUUCACUCUAGACUACGAUGUGGACUUCACACGUGCCGUAUUCCCUGUGCCUCUCGUGCAGAUGACGACGGCGGAAAUGAAUGGGACCAUGGACUUGAGGCGCAUGCCUUCGGUACCACCCACCGAGCAGCAGCAACAACGGACAACGCCGCGGCACAGUGGAUUGAUAGAAUUGGGGACGGACAAUGCCAGUAAACCCAGCAAUGCGCAGCUCCAGACGGAGAACGAGAAACUUAGACGUGAGAAUGAGGCCUUGGCUCGGCUGAGUAGGGAGAAGAUGUUGGAGAUGCAGCGUCUCUGCGAGGAUUUCCAGCAGCGUGUCGACGGGGCGUGUGAAGUGGAGCGACUCAAAAAGAAGUUGGCGGGACUUCGAGCGCGGCUGCGGCAAGCGGAGGCGGAACGAGACGAGGCACAUGCGGCAUUUAUGCGGCUGAAGCAGCGGACGCUGCGCUCCUCCCCACGGCCCGACAGAAAUCUUCACAGCGAGAAAGUGAAGCGACGCUCCCGCUUCGACACACCGUCGCCGGCGCCACGGCGAUCAUCUUCGCGUUUUUUGGGUGACUCGCCCGCCCCGCGCGGACGCACCGGCGGUCGGCAGGGAAGAUCCGCCGUGGCAUCAUCGCGUGCCCGCUCGUUGAGCAAUGGCGACAGAAAUGGAGCGACGCUGACGAAGAAGCGACUAUGGGGGGACAGGGGCAGCAGCCGCUGCAGCAGCACCUCCGGGUCGAGGUGCAGCUCACGCGGCAGUUGCGAGCGACUGUAUCGCACCCCCACCGCCAGCAGCCGCAUGCACCAACGCGAAUUGCCCACUCACGCGCCGCGGCGUGCUGUUUUUCGAUAG